AUGCGCUCAGUGAUGGAUUUAAGGGUUGGUAAUAAAUAUAGAAUUGGGAGAAAGAUUGGUGCAGGCUCAUUUGGUGACAUCUAUCUUGGCACAAAUAUAAUUACUGGAGAAGAAGUUGCCAUCAAGUUAGAAUCUGUUAAAGCCAAACACCCACAGCUGGAGUAUGAAGCCAAGGUUUAUAAAGCUUUAGCAGGAGGAGUUGGAAUACCUUUUGUUCGAUGGUUUGGCUCUGAAUGCGACUAUUAUGCUAUGGUCAUUGACCUCUUGGGACCUUCACUUGAAGAUCUUUUUAAUUUUUGUAAUCGAAAAUUUUCUUUGAAAACUGUCUUGCUAUUAGCUGAUCAAAUGCUAUCACGUAUUGAAUAUGUUCACUCAAAGAACUUUAUCCAUCGUGACAUCAAGCCUGACAAUUUCUUGAUGGGUGUUGGCAAGCGAGGAAACCAAGUGAACAUGAUCGAUUUUGGACUGGCAAAGAAAUACCGUGACCCAAGGACCCACCUGCAUAUCCCAUAUAGAGAAAAUAAAAAUCUAACUGGUACGGCUCGUUAUGCAAGCAUUAAUACUCAUUUAGGUGUUGAACAAUCAAGACGUGAUGACUUGGAGUCAUUGGGAUAUGUACUCAUGUACUUUUGCAGAGGCUCAUUACCUUGGCAAGGUUUAAAAGCAACUACCAAGAAACAAAAGUAUGAUCGUAUUAUGGAAAAGAAGAUGACCACACCUACAGAACUUUUGUGUCGCAGUUUCCCAAGCGAAUUUGCCAUCUACCUCAACUACACUCGUUCAUUAAGAUUUGAUGACAAGCCUGAUUAUGCUUACCUUCGUAAGCUAUUUAGAGAUCUAUUCGUUAGAGAAGGUUAUGUUUAUGAUUAUGUUUUUGACUGGACAACUAUCAGAGCUGUAAGUUUACUAUCAUACACGCAAUGCAUCAGAAUAUAA